AGGACCUACGGAGAAACACCUUGAUUUCGUCUUACAAUGGAACUUAAAAAGUCCCCUGAUGGUGGAUGGGGCUGGGUGAUCGUGUUGGUCUCCUUCCUCACUCAGUUUUUGUGUUACGGAUCGCCGUUGGCUGUCGGAGUCCUGUACAUAGAAUGGCUGGACGCCUUCGGUGAAGGAAAAGGGAAAACCGCCUGGGUCGGGUCCCUGGCAAGUGGAGUUGGCUUGCUUGCAAGUCCUGUCUGCAGUCUCUGUGUCUCAUCUUUUGGAGCAAGACCCGUCACAAUCUUCAGUGGCUUCAUGGUGGCUGGAGGCCUGAUGUUGAGCAGCUUUGCUCCCAACAUCUACUUUUUGUUUUUUUCCUAUGGCAUUGUCGUAGGCCUUGGAUGUGGUUUAUUAUACACGGCAACAGUGACCAUCACAUGCCAGUACUUUGACAGUCGUCGAGGCCUUGCACUUGGCCUGAUUUCUACAGGUUCAAGUGUUGGCCUUUUCAUCUACGCUGCUCUGCAAAAGAUGCUCAUCGAGUUCUAUGGGCUGGAUGGUUGUUUACUGAUCGUGGGUGCUUUAGCUUUAAAUAUAUUAGCCUGCGGCAGUCUGAUGAGACCCCUCCAGUUUUCUGAUUGUCCUUUGUCUGAAAAACCACCUCUGGAAAACCUACCCGAUAAAUACUCCAUUUAUGAUGACAAAGAAAAGAACCCAGAAGAAAACAUUAACAUUCUCGACAAGAGCUACUGUAGCGAGGAAAAAUGCAAGAACGUUUUAGCCAAUGGCCACUGGAAACAGGAGAGUCUCCUUCAGAAAACCCCCGCAACCAUCGCACAAGCAAAAGAGCCCGAAACGUACAAACAGAAAGUGGCAGAACAGACAUAUUUUUGUAAACAGCUUGCCAAGAGAAAGUGGCAAUUAUAUAAGAACUACUGUGGGGAAACUUUGGCUCUUUUUAAAAACAAAGUAUUUUCGGCACUUUUUAUCGCUAUCCUACUUUUUGACAUUGGGGGGUUUCCACCUUCGUUGCUUAUGGAAGAUGUAGCAAGGAGUUCGAAUGUGAAAGAAGAAGAGUCUUUGAUGCCGCUUAUUUCCAUCAUAGGCAUCAUGACAGCAGUUGGCAAACUCCUGCUAGGCAUACUGGCUGACUUCAAGUGGAUUAAUACCUUAUAUCUUUAUGUAGCGACCCUAAUCAUGAUGGGCCUGGCCUUGUGUGCAAUUCCGUUUGCCAAAAGUUAUGUCACACUGGCAAUACUUUCUGCAGUUGUAGGGUUUCUUACUGGUAAUUGGUCCAUCUUCCCAUAUGUGACCACGAAGACUGUGGGAAUUGAAAAAUUAGCCCAUGCCUAUGGAAUAUUAAUGUUCUUUGCUGGACUUGGAAAUAGCCUUGGGCCACCCAUUGUUGGUUGGUUUUAUGACUGGACCCAGACCUAUGACAUUGCCUUUUAUUUUAGUGGCUUCUGCGUCCUGCUGGGAGGCUUUAUUCUGCUGUUAGCAGCCUUGCCCUCUUGGGAUGCCUGCAAGAAGCAACUCCCCAAGCCGGCUCCAACAACUUUCUUGUACAAAGUUGCCUCUAAUGUUUAGAGGAAUAUCGGAAGGCACUAUAUUUGCUGUGUAAUUUUUGCUACCGCAUAGCAAAAAUAUUUUGACAAAUUCUCUAAGAGUCAAGACAUUUUUCAUAACCAAAUUUCAUGUGGCUGACUCUGAAUUUUGUUUUUACACAUUCGAUUCCUUACAUGUACUGUAUAUGU